AUGGCAUUUUCCAAGUUCACAAUUCCAACCCUCCUAGCCUCGGCCUCCCUCGUGGCAGGCCACGGCUAUGUGUCCAGCAUCCUAGCCGACGGCACCGAAUACGCAGACCCCAACAUCAUCUGCCACCGCGACGGCAGCAAUGCCGCACUGACCGCACCCGUAACCGCCGGCACCGACAUCGAGCUGCAAUGGACGCCAUGGCCAGACGCGCACCACGGACCCGUCAUCACGUACCUGGCCCGUGCAACGGCGACUGCAGCAUGGUCGAUAAAUGCACACUGGGAUUCUUCAAGAUCGAGGAAAGAGGGCUCGUCGAUGGGUCCAGUGUGCCCGGUGAAUGGGCGACGGAUGAGCUGA